AUGUUGCAAAACCAAUAAAACUUUUUAAACGAAUCAUUCCAUUUUACAAACUUUGAAUAGAUUUCUCCUAUAUUUUAAGAAUUUCUUAAGAUAAUUAAUUCUAAUGCUUUAGAUAUGCUUUAAAAUUCAAAUUCUCUUGGUGAUAAUAUCAAAACAGAAGGAAGUAUCAAAAAUUAGGAUUCUCAAUCUAGUAGUCCUACCUAAAUUUAUAAAUCGAAGAAAAAAUGGCACGAUAGCUCUCUUGCCAAACAAAAGUAAUUGUAACAACAGAUAAAUUGUUAAAAUAAUAAUUGUUAGAAUAAAAGGAAAAAUUUAAAUGAAACUUAGAUCAAAGGAAAAACUGUGCUUUUAUGUAAUAGAUGUCUUAGUAAUUUUCACUCAAACAACUAUUGUGAGUAUUGCAUUUAAGUAUUUAAUAAUCAAUAAUUAAAGAUAUAUGAUCCUAAUCUAGGUUAUGAAAUGGAUGAUAAAUAAUGGAUUAUGUGUGAGAAAUGUAACAGAUGGGUAACUAUAAAUUUAUAUUAUAGAACCAUGUUGAUUGUGAACAAUCCAAAGGAAAGAAGAAUUUGAUUAAAAUUACCCAUCAUACAAAAUAUAGAUGUUCCUAAUGUCAUAAAAAUAGAAAACUAUAAGCUAAAUCUAAAAUAAACAAAGAUACUUUUUUAGAUCAGGAAUUAAUAAACACAAAAACUAAAUUACCCUAAACAAUAUUAAAAUUAACAAAUAAAGAAAUAUUUGAAGAUAUAUCCCUUCUGAGGUCCCUGAUGUCAGAAGAGAUAUAAAAAAAAGUGAAAAUAGAUUGAAUUUAUG